UUUUAUAACUAAAAUAAUAUUAUUUUAAUUUCAUCUUCCCCUUUGCAAAUUUUGAGUUCUUCCAUUUCCUUUAACCUAACUAAUUUGCAACGGCAUCGGAAAUUCAAGCGCGCCACCACCGUAGUUCAAGCACGCCGCCGGUUGGUUUUAUCAGAGAUAUGGGUGAAAUUUGGUGGCCACUUUUGGGGGCAGUAAUCCCUGUGGUUAUUGCAGGACAAGCUUUUAGAGCGAAGAAAAAGAACGCGGAAGAGGAGAAGUUGAAGAGUGCAAGAGGAAGAGAAACGAGUUCUGCUGAAAAUUUUGUAUGUGAAAGGGUCUGCACCUCAAAGAGGAUGUUGAAAAAGGUUGGCUCAUUCUCAAAAGAUCCCAUUCCUGAUACUUGUGUUACUGUCUGCGGCGUGUCCGAUCUUGAUGCGUGUGCCGAUGCUUGUGUUCGCACUGUUUGUGUUAAUCAACAUCAAGUUCCGAAUUGGAAUGACAUUUGCCUUAGGAGAUGCCAGAGUGAAUGUCUUAAACUUUCCUCUCAGUCUUCUUAGCAGAAAACGAGAAAGCAAUAAAAUAAUGAAGGGUAUGUGUUUAUUUUUGUGUUUGGGCAAGAAUUUGAAUGAAGAAAUGGACGUAAAUCAAUGACCAGGGCCUUUAGGACUUGGUCCAGAAGGCAACCGCUGAAGCCAAAUUGACAUCAUGUUCUUGGCUUGUUCGUAAGCUGAUGAGGUUUGUGUUUGGAGGUUAUUAGCUUUUGCAAAUGAAAACUCUUGUGAAUUCCUUAAAACCCUGCCUGCUUCCACUUUACUUUGAUUUUCACUCAUCAAAAUAACCAAACAGAUCAUAACAAUUGUGAUCAAAUUCAAAAGGGUACAUGCCUUUACGUAACUCAUUUUUGGGAACUUUUAGUAGUACUAGAAGCUUAGAAAAUGAGUAGUUGUUUGCUAUGUGACUUUGUUUGUGACUUGGUGGUGGAGUAAGGGAGCAGGCUUUCGCUUUUA